AGCAGUAUCAUGCCAUACAAUUAACGUUGUUUGGACAGGCAAUUAGUGUCAUAAAUAACUGUGCGUGCAUAUUUGUCUAUUAUUGCAGGCGUUUCGAAAAUACACGUCGAUUCCCAUUGCUGAUUCACGACCAAAAGACUAGAGUGUUUCCUUGAACUUUCCACACCCACUUCCGCAUUUCGUCCCAUUCUAACUUACACACCUGAGAGUUCGGACUAUAAAGCGAAGCGGGAAGGUGUGUCGACAAUACACGUGGACUCCCAUUGCUGAUUCGCGACCAAAAGAGUGUUUCCUUGAACUUUCCACAGCGACUUCCGCAUUUCGGCCCAUUCUAACUUACACACCUGAGAGUUCAGACUAUAAAGCGAAGCGGGAAGGUGCAGUCCAUGCUGAGUGAUCGUAAAAGUCUAGAUUACCCACAGUGCACCUGACGGGUCCAACAUGGGUCCGAGCACCGGUUUCAUGAAGUUGCUCUUGAUGACCUUCUGUUCAUUGUUUCUGAUUGCUGGCAUUGCUAUAAUUGCUGUUUCAAUAUGGAGCAUCGCAGAUAAGAUCUUCCUGUCUCACAUCAUCGGCUCAGAUCUGAUCACCGUGGCGUCCUACUUCCUGCUCAUCGGUGGCAUUGUAGUGGUCGCCAGCGCCAUCGUGGGCCUUGUGGCCACCGCUCGGCAAAACAGGAUCUUACUCAUUGUGUUUUUCGUCCUCCUCCUCCUCAUCUUCCUCCUGCUCCUUAUCGGUGCCAUCAUGGCCGCGGUGUUCCAAGGGGAGCUUGAAGAGCAGAUGCAGAAUUCCAUGGCUGAAUCCCUGCAGCAGAAAUAUGGUGCUCGUGGACGUGAAAAUGUUGCAGCUACUGAUGCCUGGAACAAAGUACAGAAAGACUUGAGGUGCUGUGCUGUGCGUGGGUCUGACUGGGAACUCUACCGGGGUACAGCGUUCUUCACGGAACAGCAGAACUACAACAGGAAGAAGUACGUCCCGGAGACCUGCUGUGUCUAUGAUGAGAGGAUAGGAGAUUAUACAGACGUGGCAAAGUGUCAGAACUUUGGGAUGGGACCUCCCAACAAUCUAGAAUCAAACAUCAGAAACAAAUUUCUGUAUUAUAAUGGGUGCUAUUCCAGUGCGAAGACCUUUCUGCAGGACCACUCUGGGAUACUAAUGGCCAUUGGCUUUGUCUUCUCCAUCUCUAUGAUUUCAGGUUUGGUGUUGACGAUUUUCUAUUUCCGACGUGUGGUUGGUGACCAAGAUGCGGAACGUAAGCAUAGAUAUACUGAAGACGAUACUGCCGUGGAAGAAAGAGAGAACGAGAGACUGUGAGAAAGGAGAAACUCAGAGGCUGAAAGUCACAGCCUUGACAUUUAGUCACAAGACCUUGUCUUCAGUGUCAUAUGACCUUGCACUUCAGAUUUUUUUUACCUUCACUGAGAGUCAUAACCUUGACUUUGUUGGUUACGUGGACUUGACACGGAAAGAUUCUGGCAUUAAAGGGCCUUGACCUUGUGAAUAGUAUGCAACAUUGAGAUCUGAUAUUUGACAAGUCACACCGAAUAAAUGGUAUCAUUAAGAAUAAAUACAACUCAAUGGAUAACAACUUCUGGUCUAGUACAUUAAGUGAUUCUCACACCUUUAUGAAGCUGGAGUGACUACACCCAAGCAGUGAGAGGUUACAUACAUCAUGUGCUGUGAUAAGCAGAUUAACAUGAACAACAACAGGUACGAGACUGCACGUAGCUAAUAGAUAUCUGUGUAGUCACUUCAGCUAGGACCCGUGAAGAUUCCGGGGUAGAAUAGGUCUUCAGCAACCCAUGCUUGUCGUAAAAGGCGACUAACGGGAUCGGGUGGUCAGGCUCGCUGACUUGGUUGAUACAUGUCAUCGAUCCCAAUUGCGUGGAUCGAUGCUCAUGAUGUCAAUCACUGGAUUGUCUGGUCCAGACUCGAUUAUUUACAGACCGCCGUCAUAUAGCUGGAAUAUUUCUGAGUGCGGCGUUAAACAACAAACCAACCACUUCAGCUUGGAAACGGUGUAAGAUUCUACAUUGAAACGUCACUAAAUGCAAUGAACCAGAAGUAGUUUUUCAUAAAGUUGUAUGUUUUCUGUAUUACUCACCAACUUAUAGAAUGAUAGUCAGACAGUUGUGUCAAGUUUACCAGAUGUGAAACUUAUUGUCAGCAUUCCAAGAAGAAAUGUUUGUGAAUUUGUGAAGAUGAAUGAAUUAACUGUGUAACCAUGGUAACUGCCCAUCCGAAAACUGACCAACAGUGGCAGGUUAGCAUGUUAACGAGAAUGUCGUAGUUUAGUCUUUUUGCAAAAACAGUAACAUAUUUUAUUGGCUAACUGUGGCAUUAUUCUUAGUUAAUACACUAGUAACAGGAAUUAGAUUCUGUCAGUAGUUCAUUGGACUAUUUUAUAUGUUUUAAAAAAGAACUUUUUUUUACUUAUUUACUCAUUAGAUGUGAUUUCAGCAAUAUAUGAAUUUCAUUUUGCAUUUAAGGAAGAUUAAAAAGAAUUCAAACGUACAAUGUGUAAAUAUUAGUUGAUUUCAUGGGAGUAAAUUAAAAAGGUACUUCUCAAAUUUGGAGAAAUUUCACUUGUGCCUAUUUGAUGCUUAUUCUGUAGUGUUGUAUAAUUGCAUUGAAUGUUGUCCAUCUUAGCUUUUACCAUGCACCUGGUCAGUAUUGAAGACCCGCGCGUCAGCAGUUCCUGGUCAACAGACAUUGCAUACUGUGUCCAUUGUGGGUCAGGGUGGUCAUGUUACAGCAGGUCACUGUUCUGAAAUAAUUUCUUACCUGCCAGGAUCCAGUGAUUGAGGUUUCUAACCUCAGAAUCGACCUGAUUAUCAUCCAUGGUUUUGUCAGUGUCAUGCUGAGCUUGUGGGUUUCACCGAGUUAGUUAACAUUGACAUUCAUCCGUCAUAAACUGCCAUGCCAUUAAUGAUUUAGUUUUCUAAGCAGCGUUCUAAAAGGUGAUACAUUCCUUCCCAUGCACUUACCCCUACACAGAGAGGUAGGAUUCGAUGCCAAAAAUAAUAUGUUCAUGUUCAGUAAUAAAGUGAACUUUAUGUUGUGGUAAACUUCAAAUUGUUCAGCUUACUAAAAUAACUCAGAUUUUCUAGGCUGGAAUAUUGCUGAGUGCGGCGUUAAACAACAAACAAACCAAAAUACUGUCAAACUCAUUCUCUAGCCAGUGCUGCUAUGGUCAAACCCGCUUGACAGGCGAAUAGCGUGACUUGCGCCCAAUGAAACUUUUUGUGACCCUUGAAAGGUUUUUGUAUGAUCUUUCAUAUGACUCAAUUUACCUUUAAUCCAAAUGGUCAUUGUGUGUAGAGCUGGUGUACAUUAAGGAAAGGGAGGCCACUCUAAGUGUAAGGGGCAGAUAACCACCCUUGACCUGUUUCUUCUCUGAGGGUGUAUCAUGUUUGUGUCAUUAAAGUGUGCUGCAUUUGUAAAACACCUUUAGGUUUUAUGCUUUUUGUAGACUCGGAGUGUAUUGUAAGUAUUUAAUGCGUAAAUGUUGAUUUUAAUAAGACGAUGGCUUUCUGGCAAAUUCACAAUGAAACAAUUUUUGUCAGGGAAUUCUCUCGUGUGUGUAAUCCAGAUAAUCCAUACCUGUGACUCAGGGCGGUUCACUGUUUUAACAAUGUAAUUAUUAUCACAUAACAUGUUUAUAGUGGGUACUGAAGCAGUGACAAGGAUGAUGUGAUACUGAGUGGGAUGGCGUGGUCGGGUAGCCUAGUGGUUAAAGCGUUCGCUCGUCACGCCGAAGACCCGGUUGCGAUUCCCAACAUGGGUACAAUGUGUGAAGCCCAUUUGUGGUGUCCCCCGCCGUGAUAUUGCUGGAAUAUUGCUAAAAGCGGCAUAAAACCAUACUCACUCACUCACUCACUCACUCACUGAGUGUGAUACAUAGGCGUUAACUUCCUUCACACAAGGACCAUGUAUAUCUAAUCAUAUAACGAAAGUUUUUAAUCAAUGAGAUAUACCAAUCUGAAAACUUGUUAUCACAAUUCAA